UGCGAGAAAGCGUGUUUCCGGAAGACGUGGCUGUUGCUGCAGUGGCAGCUGUCAUCCAAAUUAAUUUAAGAGGAGCACCCGAAUAGCUAUUGAAACAUUUCCCCUACUUCUGUUGUAUCUUUACCCGUUUAUUAGUCGUCAAGAUGAUUUCGCUAACGGACUCCCAAAAGAUUGGAAUGGGAUUGACAGGCUUCGGCGUGUUUUUCCUAUUCUUCGGGAUGAUCCUGUUCUUUGACAAAGCACUCCUGGCUAUUGGAAAUAUCCUGUUUGUCGCUGGCCUCGCCUUCGUCAUCGGACUGGAGAGGACUUUCCGCUUCUUCUUCCAGAAGCACAAGAUGAAGGCCACAAGUUUCUUCCUGGGAGGCGUGUUUGUGGUGCUGAUUGGGUGGCCCAUCAUCGGAGUUGUGCUGGAGAUCUACGGCUUCUUUCUCUUGUUCAGGGGUUUCUUCCCAGUUGUAGUAGGCUUUAUCAGAAGAAUACCUGUCCUCGGCUCUAUCCUAAACCUGCCGUUCAUCAGUGCAUAUGUGGACAAAGUGGGCGAGAGCAACACAAUGGUAUAACAGUGACUUUUUGUACCCAAAUAAGGCUGUUGGAGUACAGCAGGUUUUAUAAAGCAACACAAUCUCCCAUUGGGCUGGUUUAAAGCAGGUUAUAUGUUCAUAUCCCUCCCUCCUUCAGCAGGCAAAGACUGCUUUCUGUCUAUCUGUAAAUUCACUGGUCAGCACUACCAAUCAAAGGUUCAUCAGUGCGUUGCACCACCAGUCUGUUACUAGAGGAUGGAGUUACUAAGGUCACUACAAUAAAUAUUUCAAAUGCUAUUGAUCCUUUCACGGUUGAGUGCAUCUGGCAUGAUAAUGGAGGAUGGAAGACUCCCUCAAAGCCUCAUCGAUUCUGUUUACGUGACUUUCUUACUCUGUGGAACAAACAGACAAAUCUACCCCCCUCCACAAGGAUGAGAAGUGGACCGACAGCUUGCCAUGUUGUCAUGUUUCUGUGCCUCUGCUUUAACUUUAUUUGGACAAAAGCUUUUAAGUCCAGCAUUUUGUCUCUUUGCAGUUAUUCUGUGACAUUUUGUUUCUUUGUGUCUUGCAGCUGUAUGAAUACCAAACGUGGCUAUUGUAAUAUUUUCCCUUUGUUACAUGUCAUUUCCGUUUAUGGUUGAAUAAUGAGUACUUCAAUAUAAAUUAUUUUUUAAAUGAUCAGUUCUUGACUUCAUGUAUAGUGAGGUGCUAUGGGAUCAUAUUAGUAUUUGUUAAUCGUUUUACCCCAUAAAUGUGUAUAGUAUUGAAGUCUGGUCACACCAGAAAGUGGCAACACCUAAUUCAUGGUGACACAUGGAUGGUGAAGUUCAUCCAGGUGGUGCUAAGAGCUUGGUAAUGUAUUAACUACUCACAAGGCUGUAGCUGUUGACCUAACCGCUCACAUGCUAACCAGCUAGAGAUAUGCUAGUGCUUGUCGGACGCAAAAGCUCUAUAGGCUAGCUGGUUUGCUAACUGACAGUAGCACGAUAGGUAGCUCAGUCGCUAACCGGAAAAUACUGUAGGAAACAUAUUUAUGCCAUCAUUUCCUGUCUCCUAACUGUAGAAACACCAUGUCUCUUUUGUACAAUAGUUUACAUUCCAGCAGAUCAGAAUUAUAUAAAAGUAGAUGGUGUGACACAGCUAAAAAGUUACAACAACUUCCUCUGAUUUGGACUGUCUGGCUCUCUGUUCCCUCGAAAGUCAGCAUUGUGAAGAUUCCUGCCGCUUGCUGCAGAUAACAGAAAUUAUGAAAUUAUUUGAAAUUAUUAUGAAAUUAUUUGAUUUCUCUCAAACUUUUGCUGAUUUAAAUGCUGGUGUGACCUUUUCUUUCUUUUUUCCUGUUCUCCAAAGCAUAUUAUUGGUUUUUGGACAUCCUAUUUUCCAAACAGCCAUUGGUUUCAUUUCAUUUAUUACAUUACUAUCAAAGACUUCAAAUUUGCUGCAUAUAGCUAGUCUGUAGAAAGAAAUGUUGAAAAUAGUUAACUAAAAGGUUUCCUUUGUUAAAUGAAAGAAAGGGUACCGAAAGGUGUCUCAAAAAUUAUUGCUUUGUAUUGGUACUUAAAAUCAGGCACCUUAUAGGCACAAAAUUUUCAAACAAGUCCCAACUUUUGAAAAUUAAAAGUUAAACUCUAACAUUUAAGAUUUAAGAAUUAGUUAUGUAGCAACUUUUUUGGUGCCAGAAGCCAAAUCUGUAUUCUUGGAGAGCAGAGUGUCCCUCGAAACUUGGUUUAAAGCCAAAACUAUGAAAAUAAGACCCAAGUUGUAAUAAUUAUAUCCCAUGGUGGACAAAAACAUGUUAAACACUGGUAUGAUCCUUCAAAAUGGAAAUAUCUCACUUUCAGUGACUUAGAGCAGUCAAUUAAGCAUUUUUAUAAACAGAUUAACUCCUUUUACAUCUGACAACUUCAACUUAACCCUAUAACAUAAUCAAGCUGUAAAAUGUGAAGCAGCUACAGCGUCACACAUUUGUGGACCUACAGACAUUAAUAUCUGCACAUUUUGAUUUUCAUCGGAAUGUGCUACUUAGAGACUCCCUGUAGUCGCUAGAGUCUUCAUUCAUCCAUCCAUCCAUCCAUCCAGUGUCCUUAAACUCUGUUGAGCAGAUUCGCACAGGUUUUAAAUUUUCAGAUUCUCCUAUUUUCAUUGGUUUUUGAGAGAAAAUUCUUCACAGACAUCAGCCACCACAGCCCAAGAGCUGAAUAAAUGAAUUCUUCCUGUGGGCCUUUCUGUUUCAGAGCAUUGAGAAAACUGAAGUUACCUGUGAAAUGACAAUGUUUUGUUGUAUGGCACUUUUGUAAAUAUACUGUGGAAGUUAGCUUUUUAUCUGCCAUCGAU